AUGGAGAAGUACGAAAAACUGGCCAAGAUUGGAGAGGGUUCAUACGGUGUGGUGUUUAAAUGCAGACACAGAGAAUCCGGACAGAUAGUCGCCAUCAAGAAGUUUGUUGAAUCAGAGGAUGACCCGGUCAUCAGGAAGAUAGCACUGAGGGAGAUACGCAUGCUGAAGCAGCUGAAGCACGUGAACCUGGUAAACCUCCUGGAGGUCUUCAGAAGGAAGAGACGUCUCCACCUGGUCUUUGAGUUCUGUGAGCAGACCGUCCUGAACGAGCUGGACCGACACCCCCGCGGGGUCCCUGAGGUUCAGCUGAAGAGUAUACUGUGGCAGACGCUGCAGGCCGUCAAUUUCUGCCACAAACACAACUGUAUUCAUCGGGAUGUGAAGCCAGAGAACAUCCUCCUCACCAAGACAGGAGUCAUCAAACUCUGUGACUUUGGAUUUGCCAGGAUCCUCACGGGGCCAGGUGAUGACUAUACAGACUAUGUGGCUACUCGGUGGUACCGGGCUCCAGAGCUCCUGGUGGGUGAUACUCAGUACGGAGCCCCAGUGGACCUCUGGGCGCUGGGCUGUGUAUUCGCCGAGUUACUCCAUGGAAAUCCUCUCUGGCCUGGACGCUCCGACGUCGACCAGCUCUACCUCAUCAGACGCACUCUAGGUGACCUGAUCCCUCGUCACCAGCAGGUGUUCCGAUCCAACGUGUUCUUCAGCGGAGUCAGUAUCCCCGAGCCUGACACCACGGAGCCCCUGGAGAAACGCUUCCAUGGUGUAUCCUCUCACGCUCUCACUGUCAUGAAGUCAUGCCUGGUGAUGGACCCGUUGUUGCGUCUGUCCUGUGAGGAGCUGUUGGAGCUGCCAUACUUUCUGGAAGAAGGCGGAGCCAGCUGGGGCCGCGAGGGGGAUUGUCCCGGGAGACGCCAUGACAACAAAAACUCCAGACGACGACAGGUCGGGCCAGUCAUUUGA